GCCUGUCCUGCGCGAGUUAUAGGUUGCCUCACAAAUGCCAUUAUUGAUGGGAACGCCAUUCAUGAAGAAGCAGUGAAACGGCGAGUGAAUGGAGAACAGAACUUCACAAUUCCUGAUGCAAUCCAUGCUUGCAAAAACUCUGUCAUGGAGGUUGAUUUCUGCUCAGCUGCGGGGCCGCUCAGCACUGAGCUACCAUUUUAUAUCCAAGCUGUGGUCAAAAGUACGCAGUUGAGCCAAGACCUCCGCCUAUUUUUCUUGCUUAUUGCAUUUGAAAGAACAGUUUUGAUUGUUUUUGAAAGGGCAACAUCAUCGCUUACAUUAUUCGAUUCACAUAUGCACGGACAAUCCGAUGGUGCUGUGAUAGCAACUGGACACAGCGACAAUAUUGGUGAUCUUUGUCAGUGGCUCUCUCAGAACAUAUUUCAUGAAACGCAGUCGGAGCCUGACCACAAUCGGGAGUUCGAAAUUUCCCUUAUUCGCUUCUGUGGAAAGGCAUUCAACAGUGAUUGUUGCCUGCCGACAACAAGCCCUCCAUGCGAGUUUCCUGUUUUUGCAACAGCAAGGCGAAGAAGAAAACGUCGGUUGGACACCAAGGCUACCUUGAAGAUAUUGAAGCACGCAAAGACGGAAUUGGAUCCCAGUGAAGGAACAGAAAGAGUGCGAGCAUCCACGUGCCCACGGCCCCAAACGAUCAUUCCGCUUGCUUCGUUAUGCAAUCUUCGCUCACGUAAC